GACUCAUUCCUACUGUGGAUGUUUGUAAGAUUAUGUCUCAAUUUUUCAACUAUGGUAUUCAAAUUUAUUAUCUUAUAUAGUAUACGUUAGCUUACUAUUCUCGAAAAUAGGAAUAACUCUUAACCCAUGCUUAUUGACCCCUUAGUAUAUCAUUAAAUUUCCUUAGUAAAGAUGUUUGAUCUCGAGAUAAUAUUUUAUCCAAAUUCAAGGCAAUUGGUACAUCAUAAAGGUUCUAUCCUUGUCAUGAUUUUUUUUUUGCAUCUCUGGAGGCUUUACAGCCACAGAAGCAGAAGUAAAACAGGGGGAAGGGAGAAGUUACAGAACAGGGGAGGUUCCAUCGGAAUUCACAACAUCGCUGGGGAAGGAUUGUCCUCCGCCGUCGUCGCUCAUGAUAUGGUGUAGUCCUUGCGGUGGUGAGUCUAGUUCAUACCUACCAUAGGGAUAGACGAGACUGUGCUUCGAGAGCCAGUCCGCGACUCUAUUCCCUUCACAGUAAGUAUGGACUAGCCUUACCACCCAAUCUCGAGCUAUCUUGCGUCAAAUUGCUGUCAAGAGGGACACGUGGGGAUGCACCGGGUCAGAUCUCUUCUCAAUGAGUUGUAUAGCCAUCUGUGAGUCGGAUUCCAGAAUGACAGCUCUGCUGCCCUCUUCCCAAGCCAUAUCCAGUCCAUGGAAGAUGCCCCACAGCUCUGCUUGAAAGGCCGAACAAGUUCGCAAUUUAACAACAAAGCCUUUGAUCCAAAGCCCAUGGUGAUUCCGCAAGACCCCUCCCACGCCAACCGACCCUUGAGUUCCAUUAGCAGUGCCAUCGACAUUAACCUUGACCCACCCAGCUCGAGGAGGAAUCCAGCUAAUCUCGCGGGUAACUUGCUGGGCUGGAGCUCCUUGUCAUGAUAUUUUAGUUAAUGAUUCCUUACUUCUAGUACAUGAUUUAGAAAUUUGCACAUUCUUGAUAAAUAUUUUAAAGUUAAUAUUUCCUUAUUAAUAUAAGUAACUGAUUCAAUGUGUCUAUAACGCAUCGCGAGCAUAUGGUUCCAAUCAAGGUUGUCAAACCAGUUUAAUUCGUUGAGCCGAGCAUGCAAAUGGUUUGAAAUUUAAUGGUCAGAUCAUGGUCCAACCUAUUUAAGUCAUUUUAUCCCUAUUAUAAAUAUGUAUGAGUAUAUAUGGUAGUAUUUAAUAUUUCAAUAAUUUGAAUCUAAUUCGACAUGGGAUUAUCGAUCUGGGUUUUCAGCAGAGUCUCAAUGAUCCUUCUCUAUUCACCAAGGUAUCCCCUACUGGCAUAGUCGUUCUUUUACUCUAUGUUGAUGACAUGGUGAUCACAGGGUCUGAUCCGACGGGGAUUGAUCAGCUUAAAGAUGGUUUGAAACAAGCAUUUAGCAUCAAGGAUCUCGGGAAUCUUUCUUAUUUUCUGGGUCUGGAAGUUAGCCGGAAUGAUCAAGGGAUCUUGCUCAGCCAGAAAAAGUAUAUUUCAGAUCUAUUGGGUGAACACAAUUUCGAGAACUGCCACUCAGUCAAGACUCCUAUGGAGCUUAAUCUAAAGCUGCAGAAAGAUUCUGGUGAACGGCUGAAGGAUGGAUCUCAGUAUCGCAGUAUCGUGGGAAGUCUAAUCUAUCUAUCAGCUACUCGCCCUGACAUUUCAUAUGCAGUUCAGAUCGUCAGUCAAUUCAUGACUGCUCCUUGUGUAGAUCACCUUGCUGCAGUUCACAGGAUCCUGCGCUAUUUGCAAGUAACUCAGGAUGUCGGGAUUUUAUUUCCUUCGACUGGUUCGGCUGAAAUUACUGCUUAUUCUGAUUCUGACUAUGCAGGGUGUAUUGAUACUCGUCGCUCCACUUCUGGGUGGUGUGUUAAAUUUAGCGGUGCUUUCAUUUCCUGGAGAUGCAAGAAACAGGAUAAAGUUUCCAAAUCUUCUACAGAAGCAGAAUAUCGCGCUAUGUCCGAAGUUGGCUCUGAGAUGGUAUGGAUACGAAGGCUCCUAUCCGAUUUUGGUGUUGCCUGUCCUGCACCUAUGACUCUUUGUGUUGACAACACCAGUGCCAUUCGCAUUGCUGCUAAUCCAGUUCUUCACGACCGAACCAAGCACAUCGAGAUACAUGUGCAUUAUGUUCGAGAUCUCGUUCGAGAUGGCACGAUUAGUCUACAUCACCUUCCUACAGAAGAACAAGUCGCAGACAUAUUCACUAAGGCAUUCUCUACUAGUCGUCACUGGUAUCUGUGAAACAAAUUGAUGUUAAGAGAUCGGCAUCAAUUUGGGGGAGGAUGUUAGCGAACUAAGGGCCUAGGGGCUGCGGACUAUAUUGUGGUGUUAGAGUGAUUAGUGUUUAAGCCCAUUCAUUAAAUUAAGCCCAUGCCCAUGCAAGGUUUCAGAUGUACUUUGUUGAUCCUAAACCUAGGGCAUUGAUAUAUAAGGGUUAGGAGAAGUUCAGCCGGCUGUAACAUGUAUCAUCUUCUCAUCAUAGUAAAAUCAGUAGCCUGAAGAGCAUUCUAGCUCUUCCGUGGAUUAGUCCUGGAUCACAUCCAGGGAUACCACGUAAACUUCGGUGUUCGUAUCUGUUUGCUUUUCCGAAUUGUAUUUGUCUGCUACUGUGAUUGUUAACAUAUUCUUUCCAUCUAAGGAUAAAUUCUCUUGGUUAAAGAUAUAUGGAGUUGAAAUCUCAUUAGCAAUUUGCUUCGUUCUCAAAAAGUUAUACAAUUGUUUAAUCUUAGGCAGUUUCCACAAGUGCUUGUCUCAAUGAGUAGUUUCAUGCAUAUAGCUGAAACCAUUUUCUUGCAAUGUUGACAUUGAGCCUUUAAUGCUCCCCUAAAUAAUACUUUCUUAAAGUAUUUCCAUACAUGAGAUCUCAACAGUUUACUACAAAUAGAAACUACAGUAGGAGCUUCACUAUUGCUUUCACCAGACACCAGAUGAGAAUUUCCAGGAACCUUAGAUAACUUAGUGGUUUCAUCUAUUUCUGAAGCCAUUUCCAGGAACCCAAGACAACAUAACAUAUCAAUAUUAUCACUAGCUUAUAGGUAUAAGAAAUAACAUCUAAUUAAUAUUAUCAGGUUGGGGGUUUAGAGAUAUGAUUUCCUCCAGAUGUGGCUACUGAAGUUUGGAAAUACCUCUCCUAUAUACAUACAUGCUUGCAAGAUUCGUGAUUGCCAAAUCUGUGCGCAGGGAAAAUCAGGUGAGUACUGUGCAAUAAUGGGUAUCUUAGUUGGAUAUAGGGAUCUUCGAAUUGAGAAGCUCCAUUGACCUGAGACGAACGGAAGGGUCUAUCUAUUUUAUUUAGUUAUUCAGUUAACCAAUCAAACAAACAAGAAGAGUUAAUACUUGAUUGAUCAGUUGUAUCGAAGGAGCUAUGGAGUAGUCUAUGAUCCUAAACUUGUCUUCUAAGGUAAAGAUUUUCUUUUGGCGGUUCGCAAGAUAUGCUCUCCCGUUGCAGGUGAACCAUGUUAUUCCAAGGUGCAACCCCAACUGCCCCUUUUGUGACUUACUAGAGACUUAUGUUUGUUUCAUUGGAGAGUGCCAAUUGACCAGUCAUAUAUUACAUCACUACCCCUUGAAGAAGCUCUUUUCGUAAAGACAUAACAAUAGUAUAAUAGAGUGAGUGGAGCCAAUGGAAUAGCCAAUAUUUUAGGCAAGAGGGGUCCAACUUUAAAAAAAACUUAAAAUAACUAUCAAUUUUCUAUAGUGAUCCGCAACGAGUUCUCAUAUUUUGAAAAGUUUGUAAAAUACACUCACCAUCCAAGCUAUUAAGAAUGUCCCUCUCAAGGUAUCCAACCGAAAAUCUUCAUGAUAUCAUCACUCAUUCGACUCCGAAGAGUGUGCUUCACGUAGUUCAUUGUCAAAAAUACUAUUUGAGGUAGUAUUUUCUUAUUU